AUGAGUUCUGACGUUGAUUGGCUGAAGACAAACAGCGGUAACCGAUUCUCGAAACAUGCUAACAUUCGUGGUCGCCGGAAGAUAAUUAUAUCCGGCAUGUGCGUUCUUUCUGAAAAAUGCACACUGUUCGGUGAUGUGGCAAUGAAAAAAGAUAGUGACGCUGCUAUUUCAAUGGGAUUAUUCUGCUUGCUUGGUGUAGGCUGCAUACUUGAACCUCCACAAAUAGGCACUAGAUUGGACUGGCCACCCGGAAACAUUACAACAAAAACUGCAGUCUACGGGUCACUGACGAUGGGAUCAUUUGUGCUUAUACGCCCACAUUGCGAAAUACGCUGUCGUCAAAUUGGAAGAAGGGUUGUCGUGGGACGCAGUGUCGUGUUGGGUCGCGGCUCUGAAGUUGGCGAUGUGGUGAUUAUUGACGCAAAUGUAAGAGUGCCUGAUAGAUGUAAAAUUCCAUCUUUUACAAGAGUGCAACAACAUCCAAAUUUCGAUAAUGCCGUUACCUUUACGCCCCUGCCGAGCAGCUUUCGCAAAUGUAUCGAGAACUGGUGUAAACAGGAAUAUUUAGGUUUAAUUGUAGACGAGGAGAAGAUUAUCCAGGAACUUUAG